AUGGGCCGCUGGAGCAGGCAGAAAUGGGGUGGCAGGAAGCGAGAGGAGACCGAAGUGCGGCGGAGGGGCACAGCGAGGCCGGGCUACACCCACUGGGGCGAGCACCUAGGGAGCUUGGGGGCACAGGGCCCCGCCGCUCGGCCCUGGACGCGUUACCUCGUUGCUGCAGCUAACUCGGGUCGGGAAAAUUCGACAGCGACUGCCCACUCGAGGUCGUCAUGGCAACAGCCAGUGAACGUUUUCCUCUCCUCGGGCAGGCCCCCGAGUGUAGAGGAACUGCUUCGCGAGGCGCAGCUCAAUCUCCAGAGCCUAUUACAAGAAGAAUAUGAGGAACAGUACUCCGAGGCCAGACUUCUGGGGCAGACCUUCCGCUCUUCUGAUGAGGCCCCUGACCUCACUCACAACACAAGGCCCCAGUCUGCCAGGCGUCUGGAGUUUGUAUUGAUGACUACAAAUCGGCAGCUGAGUGAGGAUGAGACUACUAUCCAGGGUGUGAGGGCCCUGGAGCCCCCCCUGAGCCUUUCUCCAGCCGACAAGCAAACUGCCUGGAAUGGCCCCUUCCCUCUGCCAAUCUUGGAAGGGAAGUGGUGGCCUCAGCCCUGCUCCACUCAGUCUGAUCUUGUGCCCAUCAACAUUUCUGGGCAGCAGUUUGAUAAACAUGCAAGUUUGCGACACUCGUUGUUUAAUACAGAGACAGCUGUGAACCCCAAGUCCACCCUGAGGCGGAGGCGGACCAUUAUUGGAAUCUCUAACUUUUCCCAGCGAGAACAAGGUCACAGCAACAGCCCUGCAGACAGUGUGACCCUCUCUGCCACCUCGGAUGCCAGGCCCAGCCACUCCGCCCCACCAGGGAUUCAUGGAAUAGUUACCAUUGGGCAAGAAGCACGAUUUCCAAAUUUGACUUCACCAGGACUGAGAAAUCCUUCCAGUCAGUCCGGGGACUCUCACCAAGUACGUGGAGAUCCAGAUCUUCCUAGCAUGGAGAGCAUGGGGAUGGUAUAUAGUGUCCCCAGUUCUUGCAAUGGACCAACAGAAUCAACGUUCUCCCCUUCUAGGAAGGGAGAUACUUUCACCUAUAUGACUCCAAGUGCCAACAACCAGAGUAACCAAGUCAAUGAAAAUGGAAAAGCUCCUUCCUUGGGGAAUUCUUGGGUGAACACCCUCCAACCUCUGGUUCCUAAGGAGGCUGCUACUGUCUUUGUCACUCAUGAUAACCCGGCAGGAUGCAGUGGGGUAACCAAAUACUCAGAGCAUCCUACUCAACGAAGACAAACACUAGGAAGACCUCCCAAGAUUGGCCUUCUGACCAGUGGUACUUUGAGGCUAGAGACAGGCCCAGGUGGAGCCAAUAGAUUCCGGGAGCGAUCACUGUCUGUGCCCACAGACUCAGGUACCACAGUAGGGAGCUAUGAUGAAGAGCUCAAGACCAGCGAGGCUUGUGCCUUACCGUAUGCCAGCACAAUCUCAGAAGGCAGUAACAGUGCUGAUAACAUCAUGUCACUUAAUGCCGAGCAAGAGGCCCGGCACAGAAGACAGAGGUCCAAAAGCAUCUCACUCAAGAAGGCCAAAAAGAAGCCUUGCCCACCAAUGCGCAGUGUCUCUCUGGUCAAAGAUGAGCCCAUCCUCUUACCAGAAGGUGGAACAGCAUUGCCCAAGGACCAGAGACCCAGGAGCCUUUGCCUGUCCUUAGAAAAUCAAGGACAUCCUCACUCACUCCACCCAGAUGCUCAGGGUCACCCAGCGGUGCCAACCCUCAAAGAUCCAGAAGGUACUCAUUUCUCCCACCCCUGGUAUCUUACUGACUGGAAGUCUAGUGACACCUAUCAAUCCUUGUCUAGCUCUAGCACUGCCACUGGCACCACAGUCAUCGAGUGCACUCAAGUUCAGGGCAGCUCUGAGUCUCUUGCCUCACCUUCCACCUCCAGAGCCACAACACCUUCCCAACUCUCCAUUGAGGUGGAGGCUAGGGAGGUAUCCUCUCCAGGAAGGCCUACAGGACUGAUGUCACCCUCCAGUGGCUAUUCCAGUCAAUCAGAGACACCUACACCCACAGUCUCCAUGUCCUUGACUUUGGGCCACUUACCCCCUCCAAGCAGCAGUGUUCGAGUACGUCCAGUGGUACCCGAGAGGAAGUCAUCACUGCCUCCAACAUCACCAAUGGAGAAAAUUUCCAAGUCACGCCUGUCAUUUGACCUACCACUGACCUCUCCGACCAGCCUGGAUCUAUCCGGGAUGAGUAUCUCCAUUCGCAGUAAAACCAAGGUGAGCCGUCAUCACUCUGAUACCAACUUUGGAGCCAAAUUGGCCCAGAAAACUAGCCCCAACCAGCCCAUCAUGCCCAUGGUUACUCAGUCUGACCUUCGUUCCAUUCGCCUGAGGUCAGUCAGCAAAUCUGAGCCAGAAGAUGACACUGAGAUCCCAGACUAUCCAGAGGAACCUGGAGCCGAAGAAGUCUUCACGUUGCCUGAGAGAAAAGUGAAACCUCCUGUAGCUGAGAAGCCCCCUCUGGCCCGAAGGCCUCCAAGCUUGAUCCACAAGCCGCCAUCAGUCCCUGAGGAACACCCACUAGCUUCACCAACUUUGGCUAUGACCCCUAAGAGUUCUAUUCAACAUGUGAGACCGCUCUCUCAAGACAGCUACACAGUGUUGAGGAAACCAAAGUCCUCCAGCUUCCCCGAUGGACGAAGCCCAGGGGAGUCAACUGUCCUCUCUUCUCUUGCUUUCACGCCUUUUGCCAGUUCCUCUGGUGCUUUCUUCUCAGGAACACAACAGCCUCCCAGGGCAAGUAUGGAGGAUGAUAGCCCCAAAGGGAGAGCAUUGCCUCAAAGAAUAAGCCUCCAGAGCCAGGAAGAAGCUGAGAAAAAGACCAGCAAGAUCCCACCUCCAGUACCAAAAAAGCCCAGUGUGCUGUAUCUGCCUCUCACCAAUCCUGGAGCUCAGCUAGAGGCUUAUGUGGUAGAAACAAGGCUGCCUCUAAGCCCCAUCAUCACCCUAGAGGAAGAAGGCAAGCAUCUCCCCACUCGCAAUGACCCUCCAUCUCCUGGUAAAAGGAUGAUUUCAACUCUUCAGGCUGACAGGGGGCAAGAGGCACACUCUUCAGGGAGUACUGUGGAACCAAACAUUGAAGAGAAAAGUUUAAUCAGUGAUAAAACAGCUGAAUGGAUUGCGGAGGAAGAGGAUGACGUGUUUGUGGCUUCACGCACAACUGAAGAUUUGUUUACUGUGAUACACAGGUCCAAAAGAAAGCUGCUUGGCUGGAAGGAGCCUGGAGAGGGUUUUGCAGGCAGCAGGCCAAGCUCCCACUCACCAGUGAAAAACACGGCCGAUUCUCCCAUCAGUGAGUCUUCUUCCAUUGCCUCAGGACCAAGUGGCAGCACCAGCCUAGAUGCUGGCAGAAAUGAUGAUUUCAAGGCCUUGCUCCAGAAGAAGGGAAGUAAAGCAACUCCCAGGUCCCGCCCCUCAGCUGCUGAGCUGUUGAAGACCACUAACCCACUGGCUCGACGAAUCAUUGCUCAGUUUUCAAAAGACUAUGAAACCACCGACAACCCCAGUACAUAAGCCUCAGCUUCAAGAGCAGGGCUUGCUAGGCUUGAGUACAGAAGGGGGAAGAGAAAUGGGUUUAGAAAGAAACCACAAGCAUAACAAAAUAGCCUACAUUUCUUUUACAUUAACUCACACUCUGGAUGGCAGAGAGGCCAAUUCAACUAGAGCUGAGAUCAUCAAGCACUUGAAAAGUCUUCAGACAUUCUGCAUUCCCACUCUUACACCCUUGUCAUGACUGACUAGGGAGUUCCUUAUUCUCCCCCAGUGCUUUGAACUAAGAAGAAAUCCUGACGUAAGGGGGUGUGUGCCCCUUUUUAGUCAAUGUCCUGGCUGCUCUGUCCCUUGAGUCCUAUCCCUGAGAAGCACGAUGGGGGAGCAGACUAGGGCCUGCCCAACAGGGGCAGGUGGGAGAAGGCCUCAUUUCCAAUUAUCCACUUCUUGUGUAGGGUCAUAGAAAGACACCUAAGCCUCCUCAACCACAGUGUGGCUCUCUGCUAGUGAGAGUUUCACAAGUGUGCUCUUAUUUUGGCAUGAGGUUGAUUGGAUGGCUUUUGUGGUGCAAAAUAUGAAUGUGAGUCUGUCCUGAAACUUCAUGCCUUUUUCAGUUUGAUUGUCUAUGCGGAGAUCAGGGUGAUGAGUCUCAAUAAACUUUUAAAUUCCCCCACCCCACCAUUAGCUAAGAAAGAGCCUGACUGGGUGGCUUUGGAUGAACCAAGCUUAGCCAACAAAUGGACCAGGAAUUUGUUCACUCUGAUCUAACCAAGAUAACUCACAAAUGCUCCUUGAGGUCCUUCAAGUGUCUGACAUCGUGGACAUCCAGGAUCUGUGCCCAGCUCAUGCUGCACUCCAAGAACGCAUUUCAUUUGCAUAUAGGAUUCAUUACAGGAGGUACUUAGGUGAACGAUCAGCAUCAACAAAGGCUCAAGGAGGAUAGAAAGUAAGUGCAUCUUACCCCACAUAUUCAAUUCAGAUAAAAGGAAAUCAUCUGACUCUGUUCCAAAAAUCAAGAGCUUAUAAACUAAAAAGAUCUACCCAAGUCUAAAAGGCAGCCUUACAAAUUACAAUAGCCCAUAACACAAAAAGGGCUACUUUUUGCCAUUUAUGUGCUGCUAGUUGACCAACUUUCAGUUAACCAUAUUGGAGGAGAACGUAAGAACUUGGGGAAAUGGAAUGCUGAAAGAGUUCCAAAAAUAAUCAUUGUGAUUCCUUCCCCUCCAACUCUAACAGGCGCUAACUACUCUUGUCAGUUUUUUAAGCAGAGCAAGAACAAUGGUUCAUCUGAUUUCCAUAACCCUGAUUUCUGCAAUGGGGGAGAGUUGUGGAAAGACAGAUGAAGUAUUGAACAAAGAAAACCUGCUAAUCAGUGUUGGGAAUAUAUUAUAUGAGUCCCAAGAGGUCAAAAGGAAAAUUAAACAAAAUUGUAGCCUACUUCACAAAGAAUGUUCCUUGACCCAACAGAUUGGUCA